AUGCUCCGAGUCCGCUCCGCCGCUUGGCCCGAGCUUCUGGUCUUGGCCAACACUGUUACUUACGGCUGUCAUCUAUUCCAUGCUCCCCACGCCGCUUUCCCUCCCUUGCUUCCUCAUCGUCCUCCACCUAGUCAACUCUCUUUGUGUCUGUUUACACUGGCUGGUCUUGGUCCAGAGACCUGUCGCGGUGAUCGCCUCCGCGACGCCAUUGACUCGCGUAUCGCAGAGGAACAGGCCCGCCAAAAAUCCGCUCAAGACAAUAUCUCCCGUUCGAAUUCCGCUCGGCGCCCGCCCUCAAACCUCUCCCCCGGCCAGCGCUCCCGUCCACGCCGCAACACGGGUACCCCUGUACGAGGCCCAGAUCCCAAGGAGUUCGAGGCCGAGUUCGCGAUCGGAGAAGAUGAUGCUUCCAGUCGCUCGGGAACACCCCGUCUAGAGACGCCGGAGCCUUCCUCGGAGGUGGCUAGUUCCGCAGGUGAUCAGACGGAGGAAAAAGAGACCGCCCCCUCGACGACUGAGGCGUCGGAGACGACAACUGAAAAGGAAAAGGAGUCAGCUGCAUCUGGGGAGACGGACCCGGGUAAAUCGACUUCUGCGGAGCUACCUGCCGAGGUGAAGGCCAAGUUGCGCCGGCUGGAUAAGCUAGAAUCACGAUACCAUGGUAUGUUUUAUCGAUCGAUCUGGUACCUCUGUGCUGACUAUUCUGAAGAACUUCUCAAGGCCUACCGCGUGGCGCAUUCUCGCGUCCUCUCGAUUGAACCAUUUGAAGCGGCGUUGCGCGAGAACACCCCUCUUGCCUCGAUCAGUGAACCCAAGGCUUUUACCGAAUACCUGAAUCAGAUGUCGCUGAAGACCGAUAUGGUGAUGGAAGAGAUGAAGCGGGUAGCAACAGAACGGGAUGACUACAAAAAGAAGAUGGAUGAAGCUAAGAAGUCUGCAAAGGAGGCAUGGGAUGAAGUCACCGGUCUUAAGAAAGAAAAGGAGAAGAGCGACGAUGCUGCUAAGGAGAAGAAACCCUCCGAAGAUAAACAAGAAACGAGCGAGGAGUUCUUCUCAUUUGAUAACGAGAUCCCUCGUCUCGAAGGCGAACUCAAGGAGAAGCAGGAGGAGGUCGAGACACUGAAGACCGAAGUUGAAACUCUCAAGAAGGAUCUUUCUGUCACUCGGGAGUCUACAGAGGGCAUGGUCCAAAACUUGGAGUCCACUACACAGGAGCUAGUUGAGCUACGAGAUGUCAAGGAUAAGCUUGAUGCGGAGAUCGAAAACCUGAAGACUUCCAAAUCGAGCGAGAUCGACGAUGCUAAGGCAAAGCUCGUGACUGCUGAGUCUUCCCUCGAGAGCACAACAGCCGAAGUCGAGAAGCUCAAAACCGAACUCAAGGAGAAGAGUGAGAAUAUCGAGAAGCUUCAAGCUCAGGUAUCCGAGGCAGAGAAGGCUACGAAGAGUGAGGAUAGCUCAGAGGUGAUCUCACAACUCGAAGAAGCCAAGAAGGCCAAGGAUACUAGCGAGAAGCGCCUUAGUGUUCUUCAGGGUGUGGUUGAUAAUCUAAAGUCCCAACUGAGGGAUGCCGAAUCUACGGUGUCCGAACUCAAGUCGGAGAUCAGCCAAAAGUCGGAAAGCUCUGCCCAACUUCAGAAGGUUGUUGACUUCCUUGAUACCAACCUGGAGGAUAACAGCGCCUGGAAGACUGCCAAAGAAAGCGUCUCUGCUGGAAAACCUGUGGACUUCGAGGAGAUCCGCAAGAGUCUGGCACCCACUGAGAAGGAUGUGGAGUCUACCCCAGCUGCUGCCCCUGAACAGGAUUCACAGCCUGCCGCUGCAGCGCCGGCCGCCAGCAGUGGAGGUGGUGGAGGUAACAAGAAGAAGAACAAAAAGAAGAAGAAGGGUGGCAAGGCAGCUGAAGAACCAGCUAAGGCAGCCGAUGCAACCCCUCAGCAGCCCGAGAAGCCCGAGCAGCCUUCGAAGGAAGAGACCACAGUAUCAUCAGCGGAGCUGGAAGAGCUCAAUGAAAAGAUCGAAACUCUCACCAAACAAUUGUCCAGUAAAGAGGAAGCUAUUGACCGUCUGAGCGCUAAGCUGAAGGGCGAAGAAGACUUGAAGGAGGAAAUCGAGUCCUUGCGCGACGAUCUGAUCAACGUGGGCCAGGAGCAUGUGGAAUCCAAGGACAAAAUCAAGGUACUCACUGCCGAGAAGUCCGCCUUGCAAGAGACAAUCAGCAAACUGGAGAAGGAACUGGUUGAUCUCCGUACCAGUACGGCUUCGACUAGUGCUGAUUCAGAGAAGCUGCACAAGGAUCUCAAGAAAGAAUUUGAGAGCCUCAAGAUCCAGUCCGCUACCCUGGAGACUGAUCUCUCAGCUGCGCAACAGUUGGCUGCGACCCGAUUCAAGGACCUUACUGACCUGCGUGAGACACUCCAAAAGGUCCAACCGGAGCUGCGCAACCUCCGGGUUGAAGCUUCCGAGUUGAAGACCCUGAAAGAAACCCUUACAGGCAAGAACAGCGAGCUGAGAGCCCUCGAGUCUAAACAUGAAGAUCUGCGCGCAGAGUUCAAGUCCGCCAAGACAAAGAUCUCUGAGCGCGAUUCAGAAGUCAACACAUUAAACAAGAAGAUUCGCCAGGAGACCGACAGCCGUCUGAAAGCAGAAGAGACUCUUCAUGUUGCUCAAUCGGACCUUCGGUCUGCCGAGUCGAGAAAGCAAGAUGCCAUCAAUGCCAAGGAUAAGACUGCAGGAGAUCUGGCCAAGACGCAAGAUAAUCUCAAGAGUUCUCGCACCAAGAUGCGUGAAAUGGAUGACCAAAUCGCCCAGCUGAACAAGGAACUUGGAAGCCUUCGCGAAGAGAUUCAGCUCAAGACAGCCCAGCAUACAAGUGCUCAAAGUCUGAUGAACAAUAUGCGUGACCAGACUGCCGAGGUGGCUAUGCAAAUGAAGGAAGCUCGUGAACGAUGCGAUAGCCUGGAAGAGGAGUUAGCCGAUGCUCACCGGCUAUUGAGCGAACGUACCCGGGAAGGUGAGACGAUGCGUCGCCUCCUGAACGACAUCGAGGGUCGCGCAGAUGCCAAAGUCCGCGACUUUAAAGAACGCAUGGAGGCAGCUGUCGAGGAGCGGGAUCGUGCUGAGGAUGAGGCUAGUACCCAGGGCCGUCGUCGCGCCCGAGAGAUGGAAGAGUUGAAGGCCAAGGUUCGGGAAGCCGAACGAGCUCUGCGCACGGCUGAAGAAGACAAAGAGCAGCUCGAAGACUCUCAAAAGGACUGGCGACGUCGUCGUGACGAGCUUGAACUUCUUACUGAGCGAUCUACCCAGGAAGUCGAGGAAGUCCGACAAGCCAUGACUGGCUUGCGCGAGGCCCUGGAUGAAAGCGAGAAACAAGUUCGCAACCUUGAGAAGGAGAAGGCUGAGCUUCGUCGAUCCGUGGAAGAAACCAGCAAUCGUCUUGAGAAAAUGCGCAAAUCCCACAAGACACUUGGUGAAGAUGUCCGUCUUCGGGGAAUGGAAUCUGGUCGUCAGUCAUCCCGAUCAUCGAUCGACUCGGGCUCUCGACGUGGUGUUGUUUCUCCAUCCGGACAGGACCGCGGUGCGUCCGGUCGUCGUAGCGAGACCCCCUCUGGUACAGCCACUACGCCAUCAGUUGAUUACAUGUACCUGAAGAACGUGCUCCUACAAUUUUUGGAGCAGAAGGAUAAGAAUUAUCAGAAGCAGCUGAUCCCUGUUCUGGGCAUGCUGCUUCAUUUUGACCGAACGGACGAACAAAAGUGGAUGUCUGCCAUUAUGUCUAAAUGA